CAUUGCUUCCACUUGGCUCAUGCACACUCAGGGCACAGUCCACACAGUGCAGUGCUGGAACUGCGCCUGUAAUUCUAUCCCUGAGAGAAGGGUGAGUCCCGCACAAGGAUCCCAUGGACUCCAGAGCGCAGCAGUGUCAGACUCUGUCAAGACCUUCACGGGAGUUUCUAAUGUUUUUGACAGUGACAGCGGAAGAGGUACGUUCAGCGUUGCGGCUCAUCUGAGGACUUUUUUUUCCAACGAGAGACGAAACCAUCAUGGAGGCCAUGGAGGACCAAGAUUACACAUACUUUGACUAUGACAAUGACACCAACUUCAGCUACUAUGACUACCACACGGUGUGUGACAAGGAGGAGGUCCGCUCCUUCGCCAAGGUAUUCCUACCCAUAAUGUACGCCCUGGCACUGGUGGUGGGGUUGGCGGGAAACUCACUGGUGGUGGCCGUCUACAUUUAUUACAAAAGGCUGAAGACCAUGACGGACGUGUACAUCCUGAACCUGGCGGUGGCUGACCUGCUGCUGCUGCUGACGCUGCCGUUCUGGGCGGUGGACGCGGUGAACGGCUGGGAGCUGGGCGUGGGCAUGUGCAAAAUGACCUCCGCCCUCUACAGCAUGAACUUCGGCUGCGGCAUGCUGUUCCUGGCCUGCAUCAGUGUGGACCGCUACCUGGCCGUGUCCAACGGAGCCGCGGCCAGAGCCGUCAGACGGAGGCACUGCCUGCUGGUCUGCCUGCUGGUCUGGGUGGUGGCCUUCGUCCUGGGCCUGCCGGACAUGGUCUUCACCACCGUCAAGCAUGGCGUGGUCAGGAAAUCCUGCAUCCCUGUCUACCACACCAGCAUGGCCCGCCCGACCAAGGCCACCUUGGAGAUCUUGGAGGUGGUGCUGGGCUUCUUGCUGCCCUUCCUGGUCAUGAUAUUCUGUUACUCCAGGGUGGCCCGAGCCCUCCAGAACAUUCCGGACGUGACGCAGGGGAAGAAGUGGAGGGCCUUCAAGGUCCUGCUGGCGGUGGUGGGCGUGUUCAUUGCCACCCAGCUGCCCUACAACAUAGUGAAGUUCUGCCGGGCCAUGGACAUCAUCUACGCUCUGGUGACCCAAUGUGAGGUCAGCAAGAGCCUGGACAUAGCCAUGCAGAUCACAGAGAGCCUGGCCUUGAGCCACAGCUGCCUGAACCCCAUCCUGUACGCCUUCAUCGGGGCCUCCUUCCGCCAGCACGUCCUCAAGGUCAUGAAGAGCCUGGGCCAGAGGCGGAGGCGCUACCGCCACAGAAACGAGCCGCCGGUGGAGAUCUCCCUCAACUCCCACUCCGCCUCAGAGGACACCACCACGUUCACCAUGUAAGGGGCUGAGGUUGUGGCACUGCGUGACCGCGAGUGGCAGCCGUGCGUGCCAGGGACUGCAGGAACUAAGCACCUUACGUAGAUCACACUCAACAAAAAGGCUUCAACAUAUUUGCAGACCAUGGUUCACAUAGUGCACUGAUUGUACAGCACUACAGAUUAAUCGAUUUAUCAGACUAUGUGAGACCUGUAUAUUUGUGUAUUUGUAUAGUUUCAUAGAAUAUGUACUAAAAUGUCAAGUGAAAAUGACAGAUUUGUAUGAUGACCCUUGAUUUCACUUAUUUAUGUAUUAUACUGAAUUAUAACGAUAAAAAUAUUUGAAAAAAAUAUUUGAAGCCAUUACUCUUUAAUACAGAUUAUCCACUAAAAAUCCUUUAACUAAAUUAGAAACAAUCCUUUGCCCAAAAUCAUUAUCCAUGAUGUUUUUGGCCCACUGAAUGAUGUGGAAAAGCCACUUUCUACACAAUCAGUUUCAUAUUACCACUGUAACUGGCUCAGAAGAACAUGCGCGUCUGAUUUUAAGACAUUAGGCGGCUCUGGAAAAUCCGGGAAAUUCAAUUACUAGGAAUGUUGUCAGGUUAAAGCCGGGUAAUUCCACAAAACAAAGAAGGAAAAUGGGAUUUGAGAAACAUGAGGCACAGUCCCAUUCCAGAACUAUACUGAGGCACUGAAGGAAAAUAAAUUUCUCAGAAUAAGCAUUUAACGUUUUCUUUUGAAAUUAUCUUUAAGAACCUCAAACAUCUGCCGUGUGGUAAGAUGGCAGUCUCUCAGCCGGAAUCCUCCAGCUGCUUUUCAGAGAGAGAACACAAGGGCUUCUCCACACAAAACACUGUCUUUACUCAUAGACUGCUCCAUGCUGCCUUUUCACCAAAUGAACACUGGCAACAAAAUGCGGUAGCUUCGUGGGAGUUUAAGGACUUUUAAACUAUGUGCACUGAAAUGCACACAGCAUACAAACACAUGCCUCAAUCAAGGUUCCAUCCAAACAAGUGCAUUCAAAAUAAACAUUAAACCUCAAAUUAAGUCAUUUCUGUACUCAGACACCUCACCCCUAACUGCUCUGGUGAAUCAAUCGAGAGGCAUCAAUUGUAAAGCGCUGUGGAUAAAAGUGCUAUAUAAAUGCAGUCCACUUACCAUUUACUCACUAUUUGCUAGUUACAACCACUGGUUGUAAAACCCACAUACUACCAUGAUUACUGAUAUUUCGGUGCAAUUCAUAGAGAUUUUUUGAAUUUAUUUCCCAAAAGUUCUACAUUAAAUAAUCGCCUUUAUGUACUACUGUUACUUGCAAAAUUCUGAUUUUACCUGUUUGGGUAAAAUGUGUUUUUGAAGCUAAAAGGUUUCUGUGAUUUUUACAGAUA